AUGACUUUGUACGCAAUGGCAUGUGAUCCUCUUAGACAUACUAGCAUGUAUGAGAGAUUAAAAGAGGAUAGCGAAGAUAGUGAUGGAGAAGGAGGAUUAGGUAAUGUAAGCCGUGUAAUUAUUAGACCACCAGGUCAUAGUGGUAAAGCUAAACGUGGUCAUCUUUGUUUUGAUGCUGCAUUUGAAACUGGUAAUCUAGGUAAAGCAGAAUUAGUUGGAGAAUUUGAAUAUGAUAUAUUCUUAAGGCCAGAUACAUGUAAUCCAAGAUAUCGAUUCUGGUUCAAUUUUACUGUCGACAAUGUACGACAAGAUCAACGUGUCAUUUUUAAUGUUGUUAAUAUUAGUAAACCUAGAAAUUUGUUUGCUCUCGGUUUAACCCCAUUAGUAAAAUCAUCAAGUAGACCAAAAUGGCAACGAUUAUCACAAAAUAAUGUCUUCUUCUAUAGAUCAGCAGUACAUCAAAAUCACCAUGUAAUGAGUUUUGCAUUUGCAUUCGACAAAGAAGAUGAAGUUUAUCAAUUUGCCUUAUCGUAUCCAUAUAGCUAUUCAAGGCUACAAUCAUAUUUGAAAAUAAUUGAUUCACGAGCAGAAAAGAACUUUGAAAGAACUCAAAUUGGGAAAAGUUUGCAAAACCGAAAUUUGGAAUUAUUGACAGUUGAUUUUGUCAAAAAACCUAUGAAAGUUGAUUCAAAAAAUCUUAUAAGAAUGAUUGUAAUUUUAGCAAGAAGUAAUCCAGGUGAAGCUCCUGUAUCAUACGCUGUUCAGGGUUUUAUAGAAUUUUUAAUUGGUAACCAUCCAAUAGCAGUGAUUUUACGGGAAAAUUUUGUAUUUAAAAUAUUACCUAUGGUAAAUCCAGAUGGCGUUUUCUUAGGAAAUAAUCGCUGUAAUUUAAUUGGCCAAGAUUUAAAUCGAACAUGGCAUAUAGCAACAGAAUUUUCACACCCAACUUUAUAUGUUAUAAAAGAUUUAUUAAAGGAAUACGAUACUUCUGAUUGUUAUCAGCUAGAUUUCAUAGUUGAUCUUCAUGCUCAUACCAGUUUAUUAGGUACAUUUGUUUAUGGUAACACUUACGAAGAUGUUUAUAGAUAUGAAAGACAUUUAGUAUUUCCAAGAUUAUUUUCAAGCGCAGCUCAUGAUUAUAUCGCAACUAAUGCGACAUUUAAUGCAGAUGAAAGGAAAGCAGGCUGUAUAAGACGAUAUGCUUGUGAAAAUUUAAGUGAUACUGUAAAUGCAUAUACUCUUGAAGUUUCUAUGUACGGAUAUUAUUUGAAAGAUGGGAAAACUAUAACACCAUAUACCGAAGAAGGAUAUAUGCGAAUUGGAAGAAACCUUGCAAGAACAUUUUUACAAUAUUAUCGUUUCAUAAAUUAUUUAACAUUGCCAACUGUUCCUGAAUUGAAUCCAAAUCGUAAACGUCGUCCAAAAACCCAUCAAUCUCGUAGACGCUCACGGACACGUUAUGAAAUUCAACAAAGACCAAAAACAACUCGUACAUGUGCACCAAUUAGUUAUACAGAUUUAUCAAUAUGUUAUGAAAGCGGGGCAACAUCAGAUGAAGGAUCACCGUUACGUGGUGCAAGCUCAAGUUACAAAAGUCAUACAAAAAGAAUGCAUACUCCAAGUCGCGGUGGUACUAGCGCACAACAAGCUGGUGCAUAUUCAAUUGAACCAAUAAUGAAACAACGUAAAAAAACGGCUACUAUGAGUACAGGAUCUGUUAAAUUACCACCAUUAAAUGAAAAAAAUUAUGGAGAUGAUGAAAUAUUAAAUAUACCACCAAAACCAUAUUUAUCAAUAAUCGAUUUUAAUCAAUUGACUAGAGGUAGUUUAGAAGAAGCAAUGGCUAAAAUGCAAACUGAUAAAAAGAAAAAUCGAACUGUUGUAACAGCUGAUGUUUCACAUUUAGGUGGAGGUGGCGGUGGAUACAAUUAUCCAGCUCCAGCACAUCAUCAUCAUGAAGAAGCUGCUGCACCACCACCAGCACCAGCACCAGAAUAUUUACCACCUGCUCAUCAUCAUCAUGAAGAAGCUGCUCCACCACCACCAGCUCCAGCACCAGCUCCAGCUCCACCACCACCACCACCACCAGCACCAGAACCAGAAUAUUUACCACCCCAAGCUGAAGAAAUCGCACCAAUUGCUGCCCCAGCACCAGCACCUGCACCAGCACCAGCACCAGAACCUGAACCAGCUCAUGAAUUAGGAAAUGAUGGUUACCGUUACAGAACUAUUAAACGUUACAGAUAUAGAUACAGAUACUAA